GCUGAUAGAGGCCUUCCAGAAAAGGCCUCUCCAGGGCGCUGCUGCUUCGCGGCGGUGCCCGCUGGUGCCCCCCCCUAUGGAGGGUAGCGCCACUGUCCAGCAGCAAGACCUGGGCAUCCUGUCACAGCUCGAUGAAAUCAUCGACUACAUGAUCGAGGCCAAGGGCAAAGGGCCCCAGGCGAAGGUCAGGAUACCAGCUGAGAACGAAGUGAAGGCCAUAUGCCGAGAAGCCGGACAGAGGUUUAUGGAGCAGGAUCCCAUACUGGAGCUGGAGGCCCCGAUCAAGAUAGUUGGAGACAUACACGGGCAGUACCACGACCUGCUGCGCCUCUUCCAGUAUGGGGGGUUCCCUCCAGAGAGCAACUACCUCUUCCUCGGCGACUACGUCGACCGUGGGAAGCAGUCCCUCGAGGUAAUCAUUCUGCUGCUAGUGUACAAAGUCAAAUAUCCAGAGAAUUUCUUCAUGCUGCGCGGCAACCACGAGUGCGCUGCAAUCACUCGGAUCUAUGGAUUCUAUGACGAAUGCAAGCGGCGCUACAACAUCAAGAUCUGGAAGGUCUUCUGUGACCUCUUCAACAAACUGCCGUUCUGUGCGACUGUAGACGACAAGAUCUUCUGCGUCCAUGGCGGGCUCUCCCCAGAGAUGUCUUCGCUGGAAGCAGUCAAGCGCGUCAUCCGCCCCUGCGACGUGCCGGACAGCGGAAUGGUGUGUGAUUUUCUGUGGGCGGACCCCGACAUAGACAUCCAGGGAUGGGCCGAGAACGACCGCGGCGUGUCCUUUGUUUUCGGGCCGGACAUUGUCAGCAGUUUCCUCAAGAAGCACGAUUUCGACGUGGUAGUUCGUGCGCACCAGGGGCCGAUUCGCAGAACGUCUGGUUGCACAUGCGGGAGCUGUCGCACAUGCAGACUCGCCUACAACUUCCACAUGCUGGUUGUCGCCGACGGUUACGAGUUUUUCGCUAACAGGAAGCUGAUUACCUUGUUUUCGGCGCCCAAUUACUGCGGCGAGUUCGAUAACUCGGGUGCCAUGAUGAGCAUAGACGAGAGCCUAAUGUGUUCCUUCCAGGUCCUCAAGCCUGUCAAGGGGAAGAAAUGAGGACCUACAUCUUAUCUGAGCGACGCAGGAACAAGGCGUCGAACGCGCGGAUACUGCUGCUCAGCUCUGCGCGUGAGGUCGCGCGCAUGCGCCUUCUCUCCCGCGGGAUUGGCCGCGCUGGCGGUCUGCGCAAGCAGCCGGCUUACAAGGUCGCUGCUGCUCGUCGUAAGUGCGUAGGCCAUUGCGUACCUUUGGCUCGACACGCGAGAAGAGCUGUCGCGCAAGCUCGUGCGUGAGACCCUUUUUCCUUCGUUGCCGAUGUGGAUUCUGCGACACUUCAAAGGCAGUGCGCAGGAUCUGAUGCCUUCCGUGCGUCGUGUUCCUCGAGGACCGACGGGAGUGUCUGACACGCACCGACGGUGAUGCCGGCUGUUCGCCAGAUCGACCGACCUGCGGAACCCCCAUCGAGCGUAUGGUGAGGAGUCGCUCAUACGGGCAGCGUGCGCGUGUGCGCUGUUUUUCUCAUCCUUUUCCCCUUCCCCUCCUCCCCCUCCUC